AAUGAAAUCACUUUAUAACCAACACCAAACAACCAACCAACCAAAAUUGCUGCCCACCAACCCAUGAACAUCAUCUUCCACAUGCGAUUCGAUGCAGGAUUCAAACGGCCGCCGAUAUGCGCUAUCUCCACGACUUGAAUGUCCAAAUAUCGCAGAACCGCCGCUCCGUUUCCGUCUCGAAGCAACUGGACCGGGACCUGUGCAAUCAGCAUUUCGACACCUUCGAAACGUUUUGGGGACGGCCAGGACAUGGGGCCCGCGGCGACCACAUCAACAAAUUAAAACUGGACAAUCUGCUGUACGGCGCCAGCGAAACCUCCUAAAGCUCUUGGUCCGGAUGAUGGGUGCUUAGAGACAUGGAUAAGGUUACAGACACGACUAUGGACACUGCCUCCCCCCACCCAACAAACACUCAUGUCCAUUCAGUCCGCUGCGUUGGGGCAUUCGUACAGCGUACGGCUCGUAGUUUUUGUGCUGCAAAUCAUUUGCCCAGAAAUCAAUCGAUGCCAAGGUCCAGAGGAACAGGAAAAAACUAUUUCCGUAUAGCCGAUAGAGAAAGCAAAAUAGAAAAACUUUAGGGUUUUUUUUUUCGUGAAAUUUUGCCAACUUGCAGCAAAUUGUAAGUUGACCAAAGUUUUGAAAAUGUCAGCUGGGGCUCGCAGUAUGAGGGGGGAAAACUAAAACGGUUGAAGGUAAGGAGCGAUAUAGAAAAUCACAUUUCAUUGUUAGCAAUUGUCGUCCAUUUAGUUAGUUUUAUAAAUUCCAAAUAACAUCUAAGCAAAGUCAAGCCUUAGUUCGGCUCUGUCGA